AUUAACAACUUCAACUAAAAAAGUGGAGGAAGACAGAUAGUAUUAAGAGCUUUUUUUUCAUCCUUGAGAAGGUACGCUGAGGUAUCACUUUUUUCUAUGUAAAAUUUAGAUACUAAAAAGUACAUACCUUUUGGUACCUACUCAAAGAUGAUAAAAUUGCUCAAUUAAACUUGCUCGUACGUACGUACGUGUUCAUCAGCCGCUCACAAGUCACAACACUACACGCCGAUGCUGACCGCUCUCGCGGCAAAGAAGCUCAUAGUAGACAAGUGCGUAGAACAGCAUGUGGCACAGGGUCGAUCAUGUCGUGAUUCGUGAAUACGUGAUCCUUCGUCCACUCCAGCGACACCAGCACCAACGCACCCAGAGUCGGAUACAGUAGAGCGGACUCCUGAAGACGACAAGCAACUACUAGCUACUUUCCACUACACCCCGCCGCCGGCGGCUUCAAUUCUCUGAACUCUGAUAAGAUCCUUCAUAUAAGUCAGGUGAAACUGGUCUGUGAAACUCGACCACGAUUCACACAGACACACAUGGCUUCCUCCUCCUCCUCCUCCUCCUCCAACAAGCUGUCGCUCACCUUCGUCGUCCUCCUCGCCGGGAUGCUGGUGCUCGGCGAGAUGAUGGACGGCGCGGGGGCGGCGGACUGCUCGACGGUGAGGUGCAUCCAGGGAGGCUACAUCACCUGCAAGAACUACCCGGGGAAGAAGCUCGACGGGUGCGUCUGCCUGUGCGCCCCCGACGACGGCAACCGCUGCGUCCUCCACCUCCAGGACGGCUCCUCCUACAAGUGCCGCGCGCCCAACUAAUAACAUAACACUUUCCCCCAGCCUCGCCGCCGAUCGCCGCCGGCCGGCGGCAGCUUCGCUUUCGUGCUGCGUGUUCUUGCCCUACCUUGUGUUCAGUGAUGUAACCACGCUAAGUUUGUAGCUUCACGUCGAUAAUAAUACAACCACAUUUCAUAGUUCCGAAUAAAUCUGUAU